AUGCUGUCUCAAGCCAUGGGCUUUUGGGGAAUACUUCUGGUUUGGGUCUGCCUGGAGGAAAGCUGGGGACAGGAACAAACCAGAUUCAUCAUUUCAGCACCAGUGGUCUUCCAUGUCGGAGUGUCAGAAAACAUCACAGUCCAAGCCCAUGGCCACACUGAUGCCUUUGACGCGACCAUCUCUGUAAAAAGCUAUCCUGAUGAAAAUGUCUGUUACUCUUCGGGCUCUGUUAAUUUAUCACCAGAAAAUAAAUUCCAAAACUCUACAGUAUUAACAAUUCAGGCCCAACAGUUGUCUGAAGGACAAAGCUCGUUUUCAUUUGUGUAUUUGGAAGUUGUGUCAAAGUAUUUUUCAAAAUCAGAAAAAAAGCCAAUCAUCUAUGACAAUGGCUCUCUCUUCAUUCACACUGACAAGCCUGUGUAUACCCCACAGCAGCCCGGUAGAGUAUUUGUUUCUUCUUUCAGGAGAGAAUUGACAUAA